GUUACUUAGGUGAAACCUUAUGGCCAACGUCACCUGGAUGGCCAACCACACUGGAUGGUCAGAUUUCAUCUUGGUGGGACUCUUCAGACAAUCCAAACAUCCUGCUCUACUUUGUGUGGUCAUUUUUGUGAUUUUCCUAAUGGCAUUGUCUGAAAAUGCUUUCCUCAUCCUUCUGAUACACUCUGAUGCCCACCUCCACACCCCCAUGUACUUUUUCAUCAGUCAAUUGUCUCUCAUGGACAUGGUGUACAUUUCUGUCACUGUACCCAAGAUGCUCCUGGACCAGGUCAUGGAUGUGAAUAAGAUCUCAGCCCCUGCGUGUGGGAUGCAGAUGUUCCUCUAUGUGACACUAGCAGGUUCGGAAUUUUUCCUUCUAGCCGCCAUGGCCUAUGACCGCUACAUGGCCAUCUGCCAUCCUCUCCGUUAUCCUGUCCUCAUGAGCUAUAAGGCGUGUUUGUUCCUGGCAUCGGGCUGCUGGUUCCUGGGCUCAGUGGAUGGCUUCAUGUUCACUCCCAUCACCAUGACCUUCCCCUUCUGCGGAUCCCGGGAGAUUUAUCAUUUCUUUUGUGAAGUUCCUGCUGUAUUGAAACUCUCCUGUUCAGACACCUCAAUCUAUGAGAUUUUCAUGUACCUAUGCUGUGUCCUCAUGCUCCUCGUUCCUGUGACAAUCAUUUCAAGCUCCUAUUUAUGCAUCCUCCUCACUAUCCACAGGAUGAACACAGCAGAGGGCCAAAAAAAGGCCUUUGCCACCUGCUCCUCCCAUCUGACUGUGGUCAUCCUCUUCUAUGGGGCUGCCAUCUAUACCUACAUGCUCCCCAGCUCCUACCACACUCCUGAGAAGGACAUGAUGGUAUCUGUCUUUUAUACCAUCCUCACUCCAGUGCUGAAUCCUUUGAUCUAUAGUCUUAGGAAUAAGGAUAUCAUGGGGGCUCUGAAGAAAAUGUUAACUGUGGGACCUGCCUUUCAAAAAACUAUGAAGUAGACCAUUUUGACAGUAAUUUAGUUUUCCUUCUCUCUGCACGCCAGAUAUGAGAGUGUUGGUCCCGUGUUAUUUCCCAGACUCUGCGACUGCCCUGGUGUUUCAUCUUAUUUUCACACCUCUUUUAGAAAUUGCUUCCCUGUACUAGAAAGCUUUUCAAUUUUACACUCUGUCUCGCUUCAAAAUGCAUUAAUCAGUCAUAUUAUAUUGAUGUUACAGUUACUGAAGUUCAUAACUACUUUCUGAUUCUAUAGGAGAUUUUCAUAUUCUGGAAAUACAUAAUGAUACUAGUUAGAAGAUAAAAGUUAUAAAGUAUAAAAUGGAGAGAGAGGGAGAAAUGAAAAAGCAAAAAGAGUUCACAGUUAACAAUAGUUGAGUCUAUGUAAAGGGUACAUAGAUGUUCUUUGUACUACUUUUAUUUA